CUUUAUUGUGAGGACGUAUACCAACGAUCUAGUUACUUGGUGGCUCCUUGUAUUGCUCCGGCGAUUGCAAUUGUUUUAAAAAAUCUUUUGACACUGACGUUGACGAUAAACAUACACGGCCAUGAAUAACUGCAAUGAAUGAAUCGGUUUUAUCUGACGAGACUACACAAUAAAAAUUGUGAAUUUGUGUUUUUUGUUUAUUUUAGAAAAACUUGUUUAUAAGAAGGUAGUUUUUUUCGUGGAUUGUUUGUGUAAUUGUGAAUAGAUUUAUUAGAUAUAGUUGUAGGCUGUUUGGAUGUUCAGACAAUUUUUGUGGUGGUAAUUUACUGAGUUGAAGAAUAUUUUUCACCUCUCCUAUAAGCUACCGAAAGAGAGUGGUGCUGUUAUCGAUCUUUAAGAAACUUAUGUAAUCGAGAACUCGGCUAAGGGUAAUGGCUGCGGCUGACAGGUAUAAAAUGGUGGUCACCGUUGAUCAGGAGAGAUCCACCGUCAUAAUAUUCAUCGAGCGCGUUAAAUCAGAAGUAGAAUCGUCAGUGGCGUCACGUGGUCGAAGGGCAAGAGGAGCCGCAGAAGGCGCGUCAUUGGGGUCUCGCAACGAGCGAUGAGUCGGUACUCGGCGGUGCGUCAUCGCUCAUGGACCACCCCGCGUCGUAUGUGCGGAUCUUCUUCAGCGUGGGGCCGCGCCACGAGACUGCGCUCUUCAAGUCCGAUACACCCCCGGAUCAAAUUAAAGAUUUGUUCAGAGCUGCUGCAGAGGCAGGACCGAGAGAUAUUCUUAAACUGUAUAAUACAGAUGGUCAGCUGUUAAAUAUUUGUUCUGAUCUACCCGUUAAUUGUCCGGAUAAUCGGUAUUCUCUUCAAGUAGUUGCUGCAAACGGAUUAGCAAUGCUUCAAGAGUCUACUGGAGCUGAUCUCAAAGCUUUGGAAGCUCGAGUAUCGGCCAUCGAAAGGCAACUUCGGUGGGAGCUUCCGCUUCCGCCUGCAGUCGAAGAACUUCAAAAAGAAGUCGAGGCGUUUAAGGAAAAACUGGAAAACACUAAGAGUCUGAGCUGGCUCGGAUUCUACAAACAGCUUCCAGAACCUCUAUCCAGCGAAGAAUGCCGACGACUUCAAUAUCGAAGAAAAAGUGACUCAGUCAAAAAAAGGGUUAAACAAAAUUUUGCUAACAUAUGUGACGCACAAGUGUCCGACGCCAUCCGACAAUGGCUUAGAAUGCCAACAUUCGACGCACGGCCUUGGGAAGACGAAGAACUUCUGCUUCUUCUGCAGCAAAUGUACUUGGACCAUGAUCUCUGUUCGAAGUUCGCCAUUGAUAUCACAACCUUAAGAAACUUCUUAUAUGAAACGUACAAAAACUACAACGAUGUGCCAUUUCACAAUUUUCGCCACUGCUUUUGUGUCGCACAAAUGAUGUAUGCAAUUUCAUGGUGCGUGGACCUUCCAUCAAAGAUAGGUGAUCUUGAGGUUCUUAUUCUUUUAACCUCUUGUAUUUGCCACGACCUCGACCAUCCAGGAUAUAACAAUAUCUACCAGAUUAAUGCUAAAACUGAAUUAGCUAUUCGCUACAACGACAUCUCACCAUUGGAGAACCAUCAUUGUAGUGUAGCCUUCAGGAUAUUGGAAAAUGAUGACUGCAAUAUUUUCAAAUCAUUCAGUAGCGAAGAUUUUAAACAAGUUCGGGAGGGAAUGAUAAGAUGCAUAUUGGCUACCGAUAUGGCGAGACAUAAUGAAAUCUUAACUAACUUCAAAGAAAUAGUACCAACCUUUAAUUAUAGCGAUAAGGCACAUGUCAAUUUGUUAUGCAUGGUACUAAUCAAAGUAUCGGACAUAUCCAACGAAGCCAGGCCUAUGGACGUUGCUGAACCCUGGCUAGAUAAACUUCUCCAGGAAUUCUUCAAGCAGAGCGACGCUGAAAAAUUGGAGGGUUUGCCAGUUACGCCGUUCAUGGACCGUGAAAAAAUUACAAAGCCCUCCUCCCAAUGCUCUUUUAUCGGAUUUGUGCUUUUGCCCUUAUUCGAGGCUCUCGGAGAACUGUUUAUCGAAUUGCAGGACUUGAUUAUUCAGCCUGUACGAGACGCAUUAGACUACUACAGAAGACUUAAUGAAGCAACGAGGGAAGAAAGACUGCAUCGAAAAAGUAUAGUAGAAACAACAUUAGCCGAUCAUAGUCCAUCGUCUCAAAGUCCGGACAGUGGAUCGAAUGUGCCAAAGUCGAACUCUAAUUCAAACGUCAAAAUGAAGAAGAGCUUAAGUUUCCAGCAAACUAGAUCAAGAUCUCGUUCAACAGACGAAGAAGUAACAGAAAAUGAUGCACCUACAGUACUUGGAGAGGGACAAAGUCUUGAAGACGUUCAAGAGGAUCCAGAAAGUGGAGACUCUGAAACGGCAAACGAGGUGGAAGUUUCCGAGAAAACGUUAAAAUUCAAAAUAUCUACAGAGAGCACCAUCACGACCACUGGAAGGAAAAGUUAUCCAGGUUCGCGAAAAGGAAGCAGGGAGAGGGUUCAGCAUCUUAACCAUUCUGAAAUAGCUAAGAUGGUGGCUAAGGGAAAAUUAAGGUGUGGCGGUCUCAGUUUCGAUCAACACUGCUUAGUGGGCAACAAAAAGCUGUCCUUCGAUCCUCCAGAAUUCCUCGACGAGUACGCAUUGACCUUACGAAAGAAGUUUGCUGAACGCUCAGAAGCUAAUCAGUCAGAUUCAGAGGAAGAUCGACAAGACCAAGACGAUACUGAAUACGUCCUGUCCAAAGAAACCUUAAAUCUAAAUAAAAGAAACUCAGAACAUUCCGUUAAAGGUCCCACGCUUAUAGACGAGAAGAAAAGUAUUUUAAAGUGCAGUGAAAAAACUUAUUCAAACGAACAAAAUUUGAACAAGUUGAACAAUGUUCAACAAAAAGUUGGACAUGACCAAGGCGCUACUACCAAAGAAGCUACCGCGUGUACAAACAACACGAGAAGAAAUAGUACUACUUGUGCGGGAGAACAAGUAGGUGAUAACAGUAUUUUUGUGCAAAAAGACGAUGCAAAAUCGAGCAGAUCGAUCCUAUCGCGAUUUAGACAGUUUACUGAUAGACUUGGGUUAUCCGAUAAAGAAGCUAAAGUGAAAAGUGUGAAAGCAGCUACUAAGAAUAACAAUUGUUCAAAAAGUACUCCACAGAAAGGCAAGAAAAAAGAUGAUAUUGCAUGUUGCAAACUGGAUGACGCAAAGAAAGCCAGUACGCUGCCAAAAAUUAAAGGCCGUAGUAAGAAAACGUGGAAAUUGUUUGUAGGAAAAGAGAAGAAUUGGGCAUCGGACGCAGCAGUUGACGAACUUGAUUUGGACAAUCAGUCUCUUCCUUCUACUUCACAGGUUCAAAGCAACUGCGCCAGUCCAAAGUUGGGUACCGUGAAAAGUGAGCUGGCGCUACGUAAAGAGUCCCCCACAGACAACAAUGUUGUGAACAAAUGUAUAACCAAACUACAAGAAAUCAAAAAUGAUGAGGUAUUAGUCGUUAACGAAAAGGACCAGACCCUAAUUUGACAACAGGUGAACGUCCAAGAGAGGGAGAGCUUCACCAGAUAUAUCUUCUGUCGUUGCUGUAAAUAUAAAACCAACGCUAGGGAAAAUGUUUAGAAGAAUUUUAUUAUUUAUUUUUGUAUUAAAUUCAGGUUUUUUUGUUGAAAGGUAAUUUUAACAUAUCCCGAAUGGAAUGUAUGAGAAACGUGUACUACUUAAAAAAUUUUGAAUAUAGGCCGUAAGACAUGUCUUUAUUUAUUUGAAGACGAGGAUAACUUGAAAAACCUUUUAUAUUGAAUUCCAUAAAUAUAUUUCCUGUAGGGUACGUAUGUAUUUUUUAACCUUUUAAUGUUAGUUAUAUUAACCCAUUAUAUUACCUCGGCAGCCACUCACAAAAAUAUGGUAUAACACUGGCAUUACAAAA